UUCACCAUCUUCAUCAGUUCCGUAUAUAUACGGUUCGUUUACAGGUGCGUAUAUAAAACUAUACCGUACAUAUGAGUGCUCUGGUUAGCAGCCCUAAUUUUAACCGGCCCAUCACUGAUCUGGAGUGACACACAUUUCCUCCCCAUGGCCGUUGAAUCUGCGCCACCCCCACCUCCUCUGACCGCAUCGCCGGCUGAUGCGGUUGUAGUUUCCAAGAAGCCGAUUCGGAUCCGCUCAGUCUGGUCCCACAACCUCGAGGCGGAAUUCGCCUUGAUCCGCCGCGUCCUCGAUCGUUACCCAUUUGUCUCGAUGGAUACCGAGUUUCCAGGCGUGGUUUUCCGCCAUGACAUCCGGUACUGGAAGCCUGAUGAGCAUUACGUCUAUCUGAAGUGGAACGUUGACGCUCUCAAGCUUAUCCAGGUGGGGAUCACUCUCACUGAUGCUGCCGGGAACCUCCCGGACCUGGGUACCCCCAACCGCUUCAUUUGGGAGUUCAAUUUCCGUGACUUCGAUGUGGGGCGAGAUGGUCACUCUCCGGGAUCCAUCGAGCUACUCCGCCAGCACGGCAUUGAUUUCGAUAAGACUCGGGCCCACGGUGCCGAUUCCACCCGUUUUGCUGAGCUGAUGAUGUCUUCCGGACUGGUUUGCAAUGAAGCUAUCACGUACAUCACCUUCCACAGCGGUUAUGACUUUGGAUACCUGAUCAAGGCUCUAACAGGUAGAGCUCUGCCAGAGGAACUUGGGGAAUUUCUGGGGUUGCUGGGGCUCUACUUUGGUAACAGGGUAUAUGAUGUGAAGCACUUGAUGAAGUUCUGUAAGAGCCUUCAUGGUGGGUUGGACCGGUUGGCCAGCUCGCUCGAGGUUAGCAGGGUGGUUGGGAAGAGUCAUCAGGCUGGCUCUGACAGUUUACUGACCUGGCAUGCUUUUCAAAAGAUCAGAGAAGUCUACUUUGAGGACAAUGAGGCGCUUACUGAGAGGUGAAAACAUUUUCCACAAAAUAUCAAGAAGCUAGGAGUGAAGGAGUGGUGCCAAACUUAUGAAAAUAUGUUUCUACACAUGAAUAUCUAUGAAUAUUGUCAAAAGAUCCAAGAGCUCUACUUUGAGGACAAUGAGGCCCUUACUGAGAACUGAGAAGUAGAUGCUCCUGUUGAAAUUUCCUGUAAACCGUUCUUCCUUAAAUACAAAGUUCUAGUUUUGUUUAUUAUUUGCCAUUGGUUGAUCUGUCAUUUUCUGAAUUAAAGUAUUGUUACUGUUUUUUGGUAUUAGUGUCAAAUCUUGAGCAAGAACUUGAAAUAUUACUCGGUCAUCGUACUCGUUAAAAUUUUGAGCCA